AAUCUCCCAGUCAUGGCAGAUGCAAACCGGACAAUCAGACUGGAAAUUAUGAGGUUUCCCAUCUUGUGGCUGUUAACUGUCUUCGCCCUGCUGGUUUACUGCUUAGCAGCUGUCGUUGACAAGAGUGAAUGCGAGGCAGAAGGCAUUAAGUGCCACGCUCAGGCCGACUGCCUGAAGAUUGGCAACAACUUCGCCUGUGUCUGCCGCGUGGGCUACCAGGGUGAAGGUCUGCAGUGCAGCGACAUCAACGAGUGUCUGAGUGGCAUUCAAAGUUGUCACUCAAAGGCCCGCUGCACAAACUCUCCAGGCAGCUAUUCUUGCAUUUGUCUCGAUGGAUAUGUUGGUGAUGGUAAAACCUGCCAGGACAUCAAUGAGUGUCAAACGAACAAUGGGGGCUGCCACCCCACUGCAGUCUGCACCAAUUUGGAUGGUGGGAGAACGUGUCAGUGUAGUUCAGGUUUCACAGGUGACGGCUUCCAGUGCACAGACGUCAAUGAAUGCGCAAGGGAACGAAUCUGCCAUUGGAAUGCCACCUGCACCAAUAACCCCGGUUCUUUUGUGUGCACUUGUAAUGCGGGCUAUAAAGGAAAUGGAAUCUACUUGUGCAUGGACAUUGAUGAGUGUUCAGAGAAUCGUGUGUGUUCUACUUUAUUAGGUUUCAAAGGCUGCGUAAACACACCUGGGUCCUAUCGUUGUACGUGCCACAGUGGUUUUCAAGCCACUGGACAGAACUGUAUUGACAUUGAUGAGUGUGCAAGCAACAUCUGCAGCCCUAAUGCAGUUUGCAUAAACUCUGUUGGAUCAUACCAGUGUACCUGCAAAAGUGGGUUUGUGGGAGAUGGGUUGACAUGUGCUGAUAUAAAUGAAUGCAUUGCAGGCAAUGAAUGCGACUCGAAGGCUGUUUGCCUCAACAGGUUGGGUAGUUAUCAGUGUCUGUGUCAGGAAGGUUUUAUUGGAGAUGGGCGACGCUGUGAAGAUGUUGAUGAGUGUGCAAAUCCAAACAUUUGCCCAUCUUUCACUACCUGUGUGAACAAUCCUGGGUCCUACAAAUGUGACUGUGGCAGUGGAUUAAUAUUCAAUGGCUCCAAGUGCAAUGACAUUGAUGAAUGCAAAGCAGGUCAAUGCAGCCCUUCUGCAAACUGCACUAACUCGUAUGGUUCCUUUUCUUGUCAGUGCCUGUCAGGCUACAGGGGAGAUGGUUUUACCUGUGACGAUAUAGACGAAUGCUCUUUGAAUUCAAAAUGCCACUCGAAGGCCAUUUGUAAAAACUUACCUGGUUCUUUCAACUGUACAUGUAUGACAGGCUACUCUGGUGAUGGGCUUCAGUGCAAUGACAUCAAUGAGUGUCUGGUGAAUAAUGGGGGCUGUAAAAACAAAGCAACGUGUGUCAAUAACCAAGGGUCUUUUGCUUGCCAGUGCCAGUCAGGUUUCAUCUUGAUUAAUAAGACAAUUUGCCAAGACAUUAAUGAGUGUGUGGAAAAGAGCAAUCCGUGUGGAGUGAAUGAAGAGUGCAAAAACACUGAUGGGUCUUAUGAGUGCCCCUGCCAGGCUGGCUACAACCGCCCUGCUAGCAACUUGGCCUGCGUUGAUAGGGACGAGUGUCAAGACAAACCGUGCCAUAUCAAUGCCACAUGUCUCAACACCAUUGGCUCAUACACCUGCACCUGUAAGAGAGGCUUUACAGGGAAUGGCUCUCAUUGUUUGGACAAAGAUGAGUGUGCUCAGGCACAAAUAUGCCACACAAGGGCCAUAUGCACUAACACUGUAGGGGGCUUUUUCUGCUCUUGUCAGCAAGGUUUCAUGGGUGAUGGAUUUUCCUGCGAGGAUGUGAAUGAGUGUUCCCGCUCCAAUACCACCUGCCCUCCUUUCUCACAGUGUGUCAACUCUCCUGGUUCUUAUGUUUGCUCAUGUUUGAAUGGUACGGUGGCCUCUAAUGGCACCUGUGUGCCACCAGAUUUUCUGUGUGAUCCUCCCUGCCAUAGUAAAGGUUUGUGCCACCUUUCACCUUCUGGAUAUCAGUGUGUUUGUGACGUGGGCUUUGAUGGCAAUGGAGUGACCUGCACAGAUAUCGAUGAAUGCCAGAUGGACAAUAUUUGCCCUGACAAUGAAACUGAAUGUUUGAAUACUCCUGGAUCAUUUUCUUGUGUCUGCAAACAAGGCUACACUCUCAACGGGACUCAAUGUGUUGAUGUGAAUGAAUGUGAUACGGGGCAGCAAGAGUGCAGUGAGUUUGCCCACUGCAACAACACAGUGGGCAGCUACUCCUGCUUUUGUCGAAGUGGCUACACAGGCGAUGGGAAGAACUGCUCUGAGAGCUCUCUGUACCCAUACGGAGCAGAGGCUGGAGAUAGAGAAGUGAAAAUAGAAACAGAAGAUGGAAAUUCUCCAUACAUUGCACCACCAGCAGGGUUUCCUUUCAUGGGGAAACUGUUCCACAGAGUAUUUUUUUCUGAUAACGGCCUGGUCCAGUUUCAGUCGUUGGCUGAGAAUGAACAAUACCUGCUCCCGUCUCCCUCUGCUGAAGGUUUCCCUGAUGACAUAAAAGGGCCGUUAUUGGCUGUCUUUUGGGAUGAUGGUGACCUCACCAAAGGCAAUGGGAAGCUACACUAUCAGGAAUAUUCAGAACUGGAUCCAUCAGAUGUUUACUCCCACAUGGUUUUCAACCGCACAGCAGUUGAAGUGACAAAGUUUGAGGGUUUGAAACAGAGGCCUUCGUUUUCCCCCACCUGGAUCCUGAAGAUCACUUGGGAAAACGUGAUGCCCGUCUCCUUUCAGAAGGUCAACCUGUCAGAGACCAACACCUUCCAGUGUAUCUUGACAACAGAUGGAGAGCGUUCCUUCGCCCUCCUGCGAUUCGGGGAGAUGAAAUGGGGCCCCGGGCUGAGGAAGCAUCACGAUGCUCUUAUUGGCUACACAGACGGAAAAACCGAGUUCAAGGAGACAACCAAACCUCCAGGAAACCUUUUUGGGCACGCAGGCAGAUAUAGACCCAAUGAAGUUAUGGGAACACUGGGGAUUCCCGGCCAGCUGGUGUAUGAUUUAACUGGACCAUUAGGGUCGGAUCCAGAUGCUGGGAUCAAAUGCCAGGGGUGGUCGAAGGAGGAGCCGGACCCGGCCGUGUGGACGGUGGGGCUGACCUCCUGUCCCUGCACCCGGAUGCAGGCUUUGGAGGACCUGGCGCUCCUGCUGGACCUCUCCGACCCGAGUGAGACGGUCCAGAAGCGGUGGGCGGGCGCCUCUGGGCAAGUAUUCAGGUCGCUCCUGUCCAACCGGUAUGGCGCCGGAAAGAGGUGCGUGUACGAGCCGGAAGGCGCCCUGCUGGCUGGGUUCAACGAGCGCUACUUCUACGGACACAGCACUCAGAAACACGUCGACGGGGAUCUCCUCCCGUUUCAGUGGUGUUGCAUCGACUCUCCCCAGUGCCAUCUCUACCUCAGAAAGAGACCUUUGGAUCGCUGUCAAGGUUACGUCUCCAGCGGCUCCAGCGGGGCAGCGCGGGGCACCGCGUUGGUGUACGGAGGUCUGCAUUUCAUCACCUUCGAUGGGGCAGAGUACUCGUUUAAGGCCCUGGGGGAGUUUGUGAUAUUACGUCUCUCAUCUGCAAGCGGCUCUAAUAUCUUCACCCUACAAGGACAGAUUGAAAAGCUGCAGACAGUCGCAAGUGGGAUCAUUGACGUCCCAGUGAUGGUGCGCAUGGCCGCCUUCCACCAAGGCAUCGGCAAGAUUGAGUGGAGAUGCUCUGACAAAGAGAGCGGACUGCGGAUUUUUGUGGAUGAUGCUGAAUUCUCAGUCAGAAUCGGUGUCGUGUAUGAGAACAAGCAGAGCUUUGCGGUGCGCUGUCUCUCGGUGAACCGCUGCGCAGCGGUCUACGCCAGCGGCCUCAGAGUGGUCGUCUGGCGAAGCGAAGGAUAUCGUCAGCUGGCGGCCAUGGUGGAAGUCCCGGAGAACUUCUACAAACGCACCGUGGGUCUGAUGGGACUCUGGAGCGCCAACCGGUCCGAUGACUUCCUCAUGUCCGACGGGAAGGUCGUCCCCUCCCGGGAUCUCAACCCCCCUGAGGAGGAGCGGCUGAAGCUGUUUUGCAUGUCCUGGGCGGUCCCGAAACCUGAGAACCUGCUGGUCUCUUUGUCUCAAAACGUCCCUGUGGUUUUGGACUCCACCGCGCCUCUGUUGGAGAACCUCGGUCCUGCUGAGCUGGAAGCGCAGAUGAGGCGUUGCAAAAACAGCGUUGCGUGCGUUCAGGACAGCGUGGCGUCCGGCAUCCCCGACCUGGGCCAGCAGACUCUGGAGGCCCAGACUCAGUUCAGGAGCCUGGCUCUCCUCUUCGGCAACAUGCCGCCUGUAGUGACAGAGCCUGCUGUGAUACAGACAAAGGUCAACUCUCAGGUCAGCGUUCAAAUUGUUGCCCAGGACACAAACGGUGACCCCAUCACCUACUCAUUGCUCUUCCCCUGGCCUCCAGAGGCUCAUGUUGGCAGUGUGAACGGCUUCCUGACAUGGACACCGCGCAGCACUCAGCCUCACCAGCUGACUGUCAAGGUCAGUGACGGCCAGACGAGCUCCUUGUUCACCCCCGUCCUGCGAGUCUGCAACUGUCUUAAUGGAGGAACCUGCCUGUAUGACAGCGUGGCUGAAAAUCACCUGCAAGGAAAGUUUCAGGUAGUUGGGUGCUUGUGCCCGAAGGGAUACAGCGGGACGUUCUGUGGAAACACAACAAACGCAUGUCGGGGAAAACCGUGUUUCAGAGGGGUGCAGUGCGACCCAAAGUCCGGCCCUGACCAGUUCAGGUGUGGAGACUGUCCUGACAACACCGUCUCUAACAGCAAACAGGGAUACAAAUGCUUUGAAUAUGACAUGUGCAGCCCUCCUUUCUCUUUCCCGUGCCACAAGGAUGCAGAGUGCCUGUCCACCAAGCUCAGCUACUCCUGCACAUGCAAAUCUGGCCUCAGUGGAGACGGAUACAACUGCACAGAUGUGGAUGAAUGUGCGACGCUCAUGCCGUGUAAGAAUGCCAAGUAUGAGUGUGUGAACAAGCACGGAUCUUACGAUUGCAAAUGCAGAUAUGAAGACGGAUGUGGUAACUCUAUGAAUCCUCCAGGGUGCAACAUGUUCAAUUUGUCCAUUAACUGGACAAACGAGAGGACGGACGGACGCGAACAGCUGAGGGACAUUCUGGCCAAAGGUUUCACAAACAAGUUCUACAACAUCAGUGAGAAAGUUGCAUCCAACUCUGGCAUGGAGGAGUACCGGCUGAACGUAUCGAGCGACACACCCCACUGGUACAUCCGGGACUACCUGGCCCGAGUCAGCAGACACCACGGCAUCAACUCAGUGGACGUUGAUGAUUUAGACGAGUGCAAGGCCAAGGAGGCGGAGUGCGGCUUCCCUGCUUUGUGCACCAACACCUACGGAGGCUACAUGUGUGUCUGCAAUGGCACAACUGUUGUGGACGGAAACCAGUCCUGUAUAACCGCCGAGCGAUCAGCGGAGUCUGAGUCGAAUAUGGACCUCAUCCUGGGUUUGGUUCUGGGCAUCGGGAUUCCUCUGCUCCUGCUGCUGCUUCUGGCUGUUCUGCUCUGCCUCUGCUGCAGCAAGAAGACUGUUACUGGAGACCUCCCCCACCUGAUACCAGACUACAUCCAGCAGCAGUACAACCCCCCACCCUUCAACUACGCCGAUCCGGCCCUGCAGUACAUGACCCACUGCAGCCCUCGGGUCCUAGACAACGUCACACCCCGGCAGCGGCCAAGAUAGCGACACCCGCGGUUCCUAACAGCAACACAAGCACUUUCCUUGACAUAGUACCAGAUAAUAACGCUGGGGGUGAAUGUUAUUUAUAUUUACUUGAACACCCAUUUCAAACUGCAAAGCUGAAUUAUUUUCAUUUUCUGAUCAACGGUUUUCAUUUUGUCUGACCCAGCAGAAGCCGCCGAUGUCUUGGCAGGAAGUGUUGAUUAAAAGUAAAACACUGCAGUGCUCUUUAUCUUCCAGUUAGUGGCUAGCCAGCAGUAGCAUUUGUCAGAGUAUCAGGUGUCAGAUUCAUAGGAUAUAUGAUUUUAAUCUACUGGGAUCAUUAUUCCAAUACACCAGUCUAUAAAAAGGUGCUACCGAUUUCUGGAAACCAUUCAUACAAACUUCAGUUUCAAACCCUUGAGUUAUUGUUUGUAGCUAAAUUGCAUCCCAGUUCAUUUUCCAUAUCAGAUUGUUAGCUGGAAGCUGCACUGCAACUGAAAAAACAUGUAAAUAUCUUGUAAAAUAUUAAUAAAAACUGUUCAAGAAAAUGUAA